GACAAUUACAGGAGCUCAUGCAGCCGGCCUGAACAAGUUGCAGUGCCCUUCACACCCAUCUCUCCCUCACUUCCUCCCAUACACACACACACAGAGAUUCAAGCGGAGCUCGGAGAGGGCCGGCGUCCAUGGCGGGAAAGCUGGAGGCCGGCGGCGGUGACGGCGAGUACACGCAGGACGGCACCACCGACCUCCACGGCAACCCAAUCCUCCGGUCCGAGCGAGGAGGCUGGAGAGCCUGCUCCUUCGUCGUAGUGUACGAGGUGUUCGAGCGGAUGGCCUACUACGGCAUCUCGUCGAACCUGGUGCUGUACCUCACGAAGCAGCUGCACCAGGGCACGGUGCUGUCCGCCAACAACGUCACCAACUGGGUGGGCACCAUCUGGAUGACGCCCAUCAUCGGCGCCUACAUCGCCGAUGCGCACCUCGGCCGCUACCGCACCUUCAUGGUCGCCUCCGUCAUCUACCUCCUCGGAAUGAUCCUGCUGACCAUGGCCGUGUCGCUGCCGUCGCUGAAGCCGGCGAAAUGCGGCGUUGGCACAGCCGACCUGAACUGUGACCAGAAGGCGACGAAUGUGCAGCUGGGCGUCUUCUUCCUUGCCCUGUACAUCCUCGCCGUAGGCACGGGCGGAACCAAGCCGAAUAUCUCUACCAUCGGCGCCGACCAGUUCGACGAGCACGAGCCGCGUGAGCGCCGGCAGAAGCUCUCCUUCUUCAACUGGUGGAUGUUCAGCAUCUUCUUUGGCACGCUCUUCGCCAACACGGUCCUCGUCUACAUCCAGGACAAGAUCGGCUGGACCGUCGGCUACGCGCUCCCCACUGUCGGCCUCGCCGUCUCCAUCGCCAUCUUCACCGCCGGCACGCCCUUUUACCGCCACAAGCCCACCUCCGAGAGCUCGUUCGCCAAGAUGGCUGGGGUGAUCGUCGCGGCCGUCCGCAAGUGCCGCGUCCCCUCGCCCGUGGACCCAAGAGACCUGCACGAGAUCGACCCCGAGCAGUACGCCAAGAAAAAGACGUCCCCGUUGCCGUACACACCCAACUUUAGCGUGCUGAGCAAAGCGGCGGUGAGGACCGGCGGGAGCACGUCGCGGUGGUCGCUGAGCACGGUGACGCAGGUGGAGCAGACGAAGCAGAUGCUCAAGAUGCUGCCCGUGCUAGGCAUCACGUUCGUGCCGAGCGCGAUGCUGGCGCAGAUCAACACGCUGUUCGUGAAGCAGGGCACGACGCUGGAUCGGCACGUGGGCGCCCACGGCUUCGAGAUCCCGCCGGCGAGCCUGCAGGGGUUCGUCACCAUCUCCAUGCUCGUCUCCGUCGUGCUCUACGACCGACUCUUCGUGCCCUUCAUGCGCCGGCUCACCGGGAACCCUCGGGGCAUCUCGCUGCUCCAGCGGAUGGGCGUCGGGCUCGUCUUCCACAUCGUGAUCAUGGCCAUCGCGUCGGUGACAGACCGGUACCGACUGAACGUGGCGCACGAGAACGGCGUGUUCGACAGCAAGGUCGGCAAGACCAUCCCGCUCUCCAUCUUCGUGCUGCUCCCGCAGUUCGUGCUCAUGGGCGUCGCCGACGCCUUCCUGGAGGUGGCCAAGAUCGAGUUCUUCUACGAUCAGGCGCCGGAGGGGAUGAAGAGCCUCGGCACCUCCUACUCCAUGACCAGCCUCGGCAUCGGGAACUUCCUCAGCAGCCUCCUGCUGUCGACGGUGGCGCACAUCACGGGGCGGCACGGGCAGGGAGGGUGGAUCCAGAACAACCUUAACGCCUCGCGCCUGGACCUCUACUUCGCCUUCUUCGCGGUGCUCAACUGCGCCAACCUCGUCGUCUUCUUCGCCGUGUGCCGGAUGUACGUGUAUAAUGCCGAGGUCACCCACGUCGUUGACGGGGGCGGGGAGAAGCAGAUGAAAGUGGCGAUGCAGCCGUCUCCUGCUGCAGGCGCACCGGACGUUAUGCUCUGAACUUUCGAAAUCUCCUCCAAGUCAAUCAUCAAUCCAAGUCCACCGUUGUGAAAUAAUA